CCUGCCUGCUCGACAAGGAGGGGACUGCGUCAAGCAGCGCAGGACUUUCGCGCAGAGGAGCUGUGAGCAACAGACAAGCUCACCUCACUAAACCAACAGAGACGGGUGGUUUAAUAUGUCCACGAGUUGAACAUUAUUUCUAGCUGUCUUUCGACGCUCUCAAGUCCAUCGAGUCGCGGUCCAGAGGACUUGCACUCUCUCUCUCUCUCUCUCUCUCUCUCUCUCUCUCUCUCUCUCUCUCUCUCUCUCUCUCUCUCUCUCUCUCUCGCACCCCCCCCCUCUCCCACUGGCUGGCUUCGGUGACAAACCGAGCACGCCGCCGCCGCUGCCGCUAUUGUGAGAAGAAAAACAAGCUAGUCGGCUAAGCUUGUGUGAUCAUUGACAGAGUUCAAUACACACAAGCCGAGAGUGAUAACCGGCAGAGGGAGCCUUGUGCAGUCACACUUGUGGAAAUCUUCGAGAAGUGGGAAUAUUUCACAGCGGAGGCAUUUUAGACGAGUGUCGAAUCGGGAGUCGUCGUCACCAUCUCGAGCAGUUUGACCAGCUGUCUGCCGCCCCCUCCCAACCCAGACAGUCUUCUGCCCCAGCAUGAAUGAAGUCGGCGUUGUGAGAGAGGGAUGGCUCCACAAGCGAGGUGAGUACAUUAAAACCUGGAGACCUCGUUAUUUCAUCCUAAAGAGUGACGGCUCCUUCAUCGGCUACAAAGAGAAGCCCGAAGUGUCCAGUGAUCACAGCCUGCCACCUCUCAACAACUUUUCCGUCGCAGAAUGUCAGCUGAUGAAGACCGAGCGGCCCAGGCCCAAUACGUUUGUUAUCCGCUGCCUCCAGUGGACGUCAGUUAUUGAGCGCACCUUCCACGUAGACAGCAACGAGGAGAGGGAAGAAUGGAUGCGAUCGAUCCAGGCAGUGGCAAACAGCUUGAAGAGCCAGCAGCAGGACGAGGAGCCCAUGGAGAUCAAAUUUGGCUCGGCGAGUGACAGCAGUGGCACAAUGGAGAUGGAGAUCGCCGUGUCCAAAUCUCGCUCAAAAGUGCAGACCAUGAGUGAUUUCGACUACCUUAAGCUCCUGGGCAAGGGGACGUUUGGCAAAGUGAUCCUGGUGAAGGAGAAGGCCACGGGCAUGUACUACGCCAUGAAAAUCCUCCGUAAAGAAGUCAUCAUUGCAAAAGAUGAGGUAGCGCACACGGUAACAGAGAGCAGAGUCCUGCAAAAUACGCGGCAUCCCUUUCUCACAACACUAAAAUAUGCUUUUCAAACAAACGAUCGUCUAUGCUUUGUGAUGGAGUAUGCAAAUGGGGGAGAACUCUUCUUUCACUUAUCCCGGGACAGAGUCUUCACAGAAGACAGGGCCCGAUUCUAUGGUGCAGAAAUAGUAUCGGCACUGGAGUAUCUACACUCAUGCAAUGUUGUUUACAGGGAUUUAAAGCUGGAAAAUCUCAUGUUGGAUAAAGACGGCCACAUAAAGAUAACAGAUUUCGGCCUGUGCAAAGAAGGCAUCACAGACGGCGCCACCAUGAAAACCUUCUGUGGGACCCCCGAGUACCUGGCACCCGAGGUACUUGAGGACAACGACUACGGCCGCGCUGUGGACUGGUGGGGUCUGGGCGUGGUCAUGUACGAGAUGAUGUGUGGCCGCUUGCCCUUCUACAACCAGGACCACGAGCGACUCUUUGAACUCAUCCUCAUGGAGGAAAUCCGCUUCCCCAAGAACCUGGCACCUGAAGCCAAGGCGCUGCUGGCAGGCCUGCUCAAAAAAGAUCCCAAGCAGAGGCUCGGAGGCGGACCUAACGAUGCCAAAGAAGUGAUGACUCACAAGUUCUUCACCUCCAUCAACUGGCAGGAUGUCUUAGAGAAAAAGCUCGUCCCACCUUUCAAACCCCAGGUCACCUCGGAGACGGACACGAGAUACUUUGACGACGAGUUCACAGCACAAACCAUCACAAUAACUCCACCAGACAAGUAUGACAGUUUAGACCCCGAGGACUCAGAUCAGCGUACACACUUCCCUCAGUUCUCCUACUCUGCCAGCAUACGAGAAUAGUGGCUCAGACCUUUGACCAAGCAGGCGGCAGGCAUGCUAACACACAACCCAAAUCUCACAUUUGCACUUGCACUGCUGAGGACAAAUCGAAUGACACAUGCACACACACUAACUGGCACAAGACACAAUUUCAUCUGCUCUUUUACCCAACGCCCCCUUCCCCGCUCAUCCAACAUGCAUACACACACACACACAUACACACACAUAGACCAGCAGAGAAUCAUGUACACAAUGAACACGCAGGCUGUGAAUUUGCAAUUUUGCGAGUGAUGGACCUCAGUGGGGUUUUACGAGAACAGGCGGACAACUUCAUCUCCGUACAUCCUCUCAGGGGCACCCCGGGGUGGCUGCAGUACACUGGGCACACUUUGAAACCAGGUUCUGCCAGCAAGUACCAGCUCGAUACCAGCCGUAGACACACAGCCCUGACGCUUAGACUGCAUCUUGCAUAGACACGUUAUGCAUACAAUUUUGUUUUUAAAUCAAAAAUUAGAAUGAUGGAAAAGAUAUUGGGUGAUAAUUGACCAAUUUAAACUUCCUCGAUUGUUACAGUUUUAAAUAUGAAGCCAUAUUUCUGCUUUUUUUUUUUUUUUUAAAUAAGUGCUCUUUCUGGAACUUGCUGUUACAAAUCGUGCGUGUGCGCGUGUGAGAGAGAGAAAGAGAGACAGACACAAAGAGAGGAGAGGAUAAGAUUGCCAUUUUUGUGUACGCAUUGCAUGUGUCACUUCCGAAUGAGCGUGUGAGAGAACAGUUUUUGUUUCACAACCAUCCAUUUUGUCUGUUUUCAUGGAUGCGGAAAAGUCGGGCAAGCAAGGACACUACACAGUGAUGGCCUUCUAAAGGGAACAAACCUGUUAUUUAUGAAAAAGUAACUUGCGUGGCUCUGAAAUUGUAUGGCUUAAAAAGAAAAUGUAGCUGUGUGUCACACUUCUAGUCACUAGGGCCAAGUUCAAGGCCAGUUCCAGUACGCUAUGAGAGGCAACUUGACCCAAGCAAUUCACCACCAUCAGUCCAGUCAUCUUCACUGCCAGGCGUAUUAAUCAAUGACGCCUUUUACAUCUGUGUUUUUCCGCCCUUCUCCCACAUUGCUAUUCUGUAUAAACAACACCGGCAUGGGAUCGCGGUCUACCCAGCAAUUUUCUUCCUUGCGUCGCAUCAGAGCCAUAACCUGGGUGUGACGCCACAUACGUUUGUUUCUGUCGCGAAAAAAAAACCUGCAGUUGUGCUGAAAGCGAUUAUCGCCGUCUGACAAGUCUUCUUGAUCAUCGCACCAGACAACAGGAGCUGUUGCAGGCAAUGGCCUGCUUCGCUGGGUUCUGUAUAAAAGGUAAAUGCAGAUCAAAGUAAGAUCCGCUGUAAGGGCUCUGAUGCAGAUAUUUUUGCAAGAUUUCUGUGUAGAAGAGCCUCAUUUCGGCUGAUGUAUAAUUUAGUCACGUCAGGUUCUGGCCAGAUUUUAUAUGAAAUUGUGUUCAUAUUCAUUUUGGAGAACAUGCUGGCUAAAAUGUGUUUUUUUUCUAAAGGAAAAUCAAUUUGUUUCAUUUUUGUUUCGUUGUCAUUCUUUGUGUUUUGUUUUCCCCGUUGUUCGUAUAUUUCUAAAGAAAAUUUGAAAAAUGUCAUGUUAAGCAUACGUUUUACAAAAUAUAUAUUAAAUUGUCUUCAACUGCUUUCUUUUUUUAAAAUUUUAAUUUCUGUAGUGAGCAAAACACAACAAAAAAUAAACACAACAGCAAAUGAAAAAACAAAAGUAGCUGAACAAAAAUCUUAACACAACAGCAAAACAAAAACAGAUCAACAAAAAAAUCGAACACAACAGCAAAUAAACACAAAAUGAAACGACAAAAACAUCUUAAACAGAACAGCAAAUCAAAAAAUAAAACAAAGUGAAAAAAAAUCUGCAAAUUACACAAAACAAAAAAGCAGCAUGAUGGACUGUUGUCCCUCUUGUCCAAAAAGUGAGGGGUCUGAUCAAAUUGUGUGUGUAGUUUUGAUUUGCUGCCUUGUUUUUUUAACUGUUGUUUCGCUUUCUGUUGUUUUUAGUUCUUUGUUGUUGUUUUUUAAAUUUGCUGUAGUGUUUUGUUCAGAAAUUUGAUUUUAUAUUUCUUUGCAUUUGCUGUUCUCUUAUUUAUUUGCUGUUGUGUUUUGUAAUUCAGAGCUACUGCGGCUUUCCACCGGACACUACUGGUCACACUUCAUCAGAAUUGUUUUUGACAUAUUAAACAAUAAUGAAAGCCAGACACGUAAUUGACUACAAAACAAACAAUAACCAGGCAUCCUCAUGACCUUUUUAAUUUAAUAUCAUCCUUUUUGUGAGUGAUGGUGUGAUUGUGAGAUGUUUGAGUGGCAGUAAGAAUUUCUUUUUUUUUUAAUGGGUGCAUCAGGUGCCCUAAUGCGGAUGAAGACUUAAUCCAGGGGGUGGGAACCUUCGGGCCUUGGGCCAUGCAAUUCAAAAAAAAAAUAGUUGACCACCCACAUGCUCUUGUUUCGACUCUCGGAUUUGCAUACUUGCGAUUUUUUUCACUGUUUUUAUUUUGGGUUUUUUUUCCCUAUCCCCCCCCCCAAAAAAAAAACAUCCACUCCCCUCAUUUUUAGUGGAAAACAUAUUGAAAGUUUAUCCGUGAACAGUUUUUGGGGGUUGUUCAAAACAAUACACACACAAUGCAUAUCAAUGUGCGAAUAAUUAUGUGUGGAUUUUUGCUAUUCGCUGGCCCCUUGCAAAUAGUGGCGGUCGACUGUGAAUCCCCCUCACAUGGGUCCCAAAAUAACAUACAUUAGUGCAAAAUCGUCCCUUGAUUGCGAUUAUUUUUUUCCUAAAAGCCUUAAUUGAAAUGAAAGCGACCCUGGUCGGAAAUGCUUCACCAACCCUGCUGUGAUCAAAUAUCUUUGAAUCUCCAGUUGACAACUGCAGCACCUCGUUUUACCGGCUCAUGCCGCCUCUCGCCUCGUGUCCCGCUUCAGAGUGGGCCACCAUCUGGACAUCAGAACUACUGCACUGAUGGGACUCCACUGUGGAUUUGCCUUCAUUUCCUGCCGCGGCCAUAAGGGGGCGGUACUGAACUUUGUGGGGAUGCUUGCGGCGUGUGGGUGGGAGGACGGUGUUGAAGCCAUACACAAAACCUCGCUGCUGACCACGCUUGAAAUGCUUUAACGGGCUGAACUAGUGGACCUCUCCUGUAGGACAUACGCUGGCACAACAAGUGCCUUCUCACUAUUGUGUAAAUGGCCAAAAAAAAUACACACAUUGAUGGAGGAUGCAGCAUAGGUAGUUUGGGAAGUGCGCGGCUUUUGUAGAAUUUGACUUGCAGCUUUAUCUUGCUUUGCUGUGUAUUUGAAUGUGAUCAUCAGUCACGAAUGUCACACCGGAUACUAAUGUAACAUGACUUGAUUUUUUUCUCCCUUCCGUUUUGCUAAUCGCAAUUAGUUAAUGCUCAGAGAGCUGUUUCAAAAAGUAUUUCUAAAGGCAGGAAACUCCUACUGAACAGUACCAGACUCUCAUUUGCAAGACAAUGUAAUGGGUGAAACCUGCUAAGGAGCUCAUGACAUUUGCAAUGAUAAUGUGCCAGUAAACAUUUUUACUGAACCAA